AUGCCUCGCAGCUUGCUCGCGCUCGCAGUCUCGCUCGCGGCGCGCCGGACCAUCGGGAGCACCCUCUGUAGCGACCACCACACAUCGUGCGCGCACUGGGCAAACGGCGGAGAUUGCUGGGGCGAGAACGCCACCACCGUCAUCAAAACGUGCCCGGCGUCCUGCGGGAUCUGCCGGCCGGGAUGCGAAGACUCACAUCCAGAGUGCAGACACUGGGCCCAGGAUGGAGAGUGCUACUCCAACUCUGGCCCGGUGCGCCUCCUCCUCCCCAGAGUGCACUUCGUCACCCUCACUCCGGACCUCUCCCCAGCUUGCGACCGCUGGGCGAUGAGCGGGCGCCUCGUUUCGCCCUCCUCGCAUUCGCUCGACCCAAAGAAACUUCGGGAAUUGUUCAAGCCGUAG